UAGAUACGUGAUGAACGAGUUAAGUGUUCGCUGUCAAGAAAACAACAAGGUAAAGCCCACACUUCUGUAUGAAGGCUAUCUGAGAUGCACAGCAGACCCUUACCAUCCCACAGAGAACACAUCCGGUAUUAUCAACAUGGGAACCUCAGAGAACACAAUCUGUGACGACCUGGUAAUCCCCAAACUAGAGUCUCUCACGGAGAUAACUCCACCCGAACUGCGCUACUUUUGUCUGAACGGUAUGUUGCCGCUGAGGGAGGAGGUGGCCAGAUUCCUCACGGAUAAAACCAAGAGUGAUCAGCAGAUAGAUCCUGAGGAGCUGUCUAUAACUAACGGUUGCAGCUCCGCGUUCUGUUCGCUUGCUUACAUGAUUGGGGAACCAGGUGAUUACUAUCUGAUACCGACCCCUUAUUAUGGCAUGACGAAAGUAUACAUGGGUAACUACAUGCAGCUGAAACCCAUAGGAGUGGAGACAGAUUCAAACGACAUGGUCAGUGUUAGAUUGCUUGCGGAGGCCUGGGAGAGAGCAGUUGAAGAGGGAAAGAGAGUGUGUGGUGUGGUGUUGAUUAACCCUAGCAACCCUACUGGAGCUAUUUAUAGUAAAGAACUCCAACUAGAGGUGUUUGAGUUUGCGAAAGAGCGGAAAUUACAUGUAAUUAUAGACGAAAUAUAUUUCCUGAGUACAUUUGAGGAGGACAACUUGCAGAGUUGUCUCUCCUUCAGCAGAGAGUGGCCCGACCCAGCUAGAACACACUUUAUGUGGGGAUUCUCUAAAGACUUCUCCAUGUCAGGAUCCAGGUCCGCUGUAAUCCACUCCAAGAACAAAGGAGUUCACCAAGCGUUCGGCAAAGACAUAGCAUUCUAUCACAACGUGCCGGGGAUGGUACAGAUGAAGCUGUGUAGGAUGCUGAGAGACGUUCAGUGGGUGGAUGAGUACUUGAGGGAGAGCAGAGUUAGACUGAUGAGACAUGCUGACAUUGUCAUGACAACACUGGACCAACUCAACUUGUCCUACGUGAAACCUACAGGUACCCUGUAUCUGUGGAUGGACUUCACACCACUGUUUAGAGAGACUCCUAGCCCAGAGGAGGCAGCAGAGAUAUUCUAUCAGAUGAUAGACAGUGGCAUCUACAUUCCGUCUUCUAAAGGUUUUAAUGGAACAGACCCUGCUUUCUUCAGACUUAUAUACUCCAUUCCUGAAGGAUUCCUCACUGAAGCGAUGGCGAGACUUAGGAACUUUGUUAUAGAAUACACUGCUAGUUAAAAAAUGUUAUUGUAUUGGAUAAAUUUGUGUUUAUAGUUGUUAAGAGACGACUAAAUUAUAUAUAGCUUCAUCAUUUA